AUGUUAAAUAAGGAACUACUAUCCAAAGAACCGUUAAAUAAAAUAAUAUCCAAACUGAAAGAGGAAUCAACUAUUCGAUAUGUAACUUUUAAUGUUAAUGGAGUGAAAACAAUUUUCAAUUAUCAUCCAUGGAAUCAAUUCAAUAAAGAUUUCAAUGCAUUAUUUAAUCUGUUACAAGCAGAUAUUAUUACAUUACAAGAAUUAAAAUUGACAGAAACUUCUCUUCAACAAACAAGUCAACUUGUUCAUUUAUCUGAUUUCAAAUCAUUCAUUAGUAUACCAGUGACUAAAAAAGGAUAUAGUGGUGUUGGUUUAUUUAUUAGAAAUCCCAAACCAAACGACAAAAAUGAAAACGGCAAACAUUUGACGGUCAUAAAAGCAGAAGAAGGUAUAACUGGAUGGCUAUCUUCUUCUUCCAAAAACAAAAUACCAUAUAGAGAAUCCACUGACAAUAUUGGUGGAUAUACAGAUAUUGAAGAAUUACCUGGGUUACAUUUAGAUAGUGAAGGAAGAUGUGUUUGUGUUGAACUUGCUGAUAAUACAGUGAUUUUUGCUGUUUAUUGUCCAGCUAAUUCACAAUGCACUUAUGAAGGAGAAUUAUUUAGAUUAACAUUUAUGAAACUUUUACUACAAAGAUGUUCUAAUUUAAUCAAAAUGAAGAAAAAAAUCGUUAUUAUGGGAGACAUAAAUAUUGCAAUAGAUAUGAUAGAUCAUGCAGAAACAAUUGAAUUAGGCAUUAAAGAAAAUUUACUUAAACCAACAUUUAGAGGUCAUAAUUUUGAAGUAUUAAAUUAUGAAAAUUGCGUUCAAUUCAGAUCAGCUACUGAGGCAAGAAAAUUAUUAAAUAAGUAUGUCAUAAGAUCAAUGUGGCAAGAUUUGAAAGAUGAAAGAAAUAAUGACAAUGAAGAAGAACCAUUUUUAUAUGAUACUACUAGACUAGUACAAGGUCGAAGAAUGAAAAUGUAUACAGUUUGGAAUACGUUGACUAAUGCACGUCAAGUAAACCAUGGGUCAAGAAUAGAUUUAAUACUUUUCAGUGAUCUUAAAAUGGUACAAAGGAUAUCUAAUGCUGAUAUCUGGCCAUUUCUAAUGGGUUCUGAUCAUUGUCCUGUAUUCACUGAUUGUGAUAUAAGUGAGAACGACGAUAACUCCAGUGUUGAAGUCAUCGAACAACCAAAAUUGACAUUUGAAGCUAAGAAUCAUUUCAAAAUCAAUAAAGUUAGAGAUAUUACCAGUUUCUUUGGAACGAAAAGACAAAAGCUAAAAUAA